UUUUUUUUCAAGCCAGCCUGAUUCACAGAAGCUCCUUUAAAACCCGGGGAGAAAGGGCCGGCCCCGCACACACCCAGCCAGCAGCUCUGCCUGGGGAGCCCUUCCCGUCCGCCGCCACCCUACAACCCGGGCCUCCAGACUGCAGCCUCCGCGCCUCCGGCCUCCGCAGCCUCAGAAACUUCUCUUGGCUCACUUGUCCACAGGAAGGCCAAGAUGUUGGUGCUCCUGGCCAGUAUCUUCGUGGUGCACAAUGCCUGCCUCAUCAUGCUGUUUGUCUCCACCAUCGCCAACGUCUGGGUGGUGUCUGACCACGUGAACGCCUCCGUGGGCCUCUGGCGGAACUGCACCGGUGGGGACUGCAGCAGCGGGCUGACCUACGGCGACCAAGACGCCCUCAAGGCUGUGCAGGCCUUCAUGAUCCUGUCCAUCAUCUUCUCCGUCAUCUCCCUGGUGGUCUUCGUGUUCCAGCUCUUCACUAUGGAGAAGGGGAACCGCUUCUUCCUCUCCGGGGCCACCAUGCUGGUGUGCUGGCUGUGCAUCCUGGUCGGCGUGUCCAUCUACACCCACCACUACGCCAACAGCAACGUGCACUUCGACACGUCCACACACCACGGCUACUGCUUCAUCCUCACCUGGAUCUGCUUCUGCUUCAGCCUGGUCAUCGGCAUCCUCUACCUGGUCCUGAGGAAGAAGUGAGGCCGACCCCGUGCGCACGCGCGUGUGCGUGGGCCGGGGAGGGGGUGGGGAGGCCCGAGCCUUGGAUGCGGGAGGAGGGACGCGAGCCGCAGGGCGGGAAGACGGACACACACAUGCACACAUGCACACACAUAAACACACGCACACGUGCAACACAUGCACAUGCAUGCACACACAAA